CGUCCUCCUAAGUCCUAUCCUCUUCAUUCACAGUUUCAUAAUCCAAAUGGAGAAGAAGAAAAAAAAGCUAUCACUCUGAGAUCUCUCUCUAUCUCUCUGCUUCAAUUGUUUCACUUACCAGUAAUUACAUAACAACAACAACCAGAAGAACAAACGACGUGGCGUUUUUAAAAUGGCUCCAACACUAUACUUCAAGCCGUACAUUUCACCUCCUUCAACAACACCACCGCACCACCGGCAGCAGCAGCAGAAAACGGCAGCGUUUCCGGUGAAUUUGAAUGGUAAUAGCAGUGAUUAUAGUAGUAGAAGGAGAAGAUUAGAGGUGGUGGUGGCGAGGGGGAUGUUGAGUCCGAGAAAAUUCUUACAGAGGAGGAGGAGAAAAGAUGAGGUGUUUAAAGAUGCGGACGAUGAAGCUGAGCAGAAGAAUUGGAGGGAGUUGAUGCAAGUGAUUGAGGAGACGGGGUGUGCUGUUUCUGUUCUGAAAUCCAGGAGAAUUGACAAUAAUAAGCAGCCUCUUCCUAAGCAUUUGGUUGUGGGUACUUUGGUUAGGUUUAAACAGCUUAAGAAAUGGCAUCUUGUUUCUGAGAUUCUAGAAUGGCUCCGUACACAACAUUGGUGGGUCUUUAAUGAAAUGGAUUCACUCAUGCUUAUAACAGCUUAUGGAAAGCAAGGGAACUUCAAUGCAGCUGAGAAGGUUUUAAGCUAUAUGAACAAGAUGGGCUUUGUCCCAAAUGUAGUGUCCCACACUGCCCUUAUGGAGGCCUAUGGAAGAGGAGGUCGGUAUAACAAUGCUGAGGCCAUCUUUCGGAGGAUGCAAUUUUCAGAACCCGAGCCUUCUGCUGUGACAUAUCAAAUAAUACUAAAAAUAUUUGUGGAGGGAAACAAGUUUAAGGAAGCUGAAGAACUUUUUGAGACUCUCUUGGACGAGGAAAAAUCACCUUUAAAACCAGACCAAAAAAUGUUCCACAUGAUGAUAUACAUGCAGAGAAAAGCUGGGAGCUAUGAGAAAGCUCGUAAAGUAUUUGCACUAAUGACUGAGCGAGGAGUUCCACUUUCGACGGUCACUUAUAACAGUCUGAUGUCAUUCGAGACUAAUUAUAAGGAAGUUUCAAAGAUCUAUGACCAGAUGCAAAGAUCUGGCCUUAAACCUGAUGUCAUAAGCUAUGCAUUACUUAUCAAUGCUUAUGGAAAAGCACGGAGGGAAGACGAAGCUUUGGCUGUUUUUGAGGAGAUGCUUGAUGCAGGUGUCAGGCCAACCCACAAAGCAUAUAACAUUUUGCUUGAUGCCUUUGCAAUUUCGGGAAUGGUGGAGCAAGCUCGAACGGUGUUCAAGAGCAUGAGAAGAGACAGAUGCACUCCAGACCUAUGCUCUUAUACGACUAUGUUAUCAGCAUAUGUGAAUGCACCCGACAUGGAGGGUGCUGAAAAGUUCUUUAUUAGACUGAAGCGAGAUGGAUUCGAACCUAAUGUUGUUACUUAUGGGGCAUUGAUUAAAGGAUAUGCUAAGAUAAAUAAUCUCGAGAAGAUGAUGGAGAAAUAUGAGGAAAUGCAGUUGAGUGGUAUCAAGGCAAAUCAAACAAUUUUUACCACAAUAAUGGAUGCAUAUGGUAAAAACCAGGAUUUUGGAAGCGCUGUUAUUUGGUACAAGGAAAUGGAGCGACACCGGGUUUCUCCUGACCGGAAAGCAAAUAACAUCCUUCUGUCUUUGGCCAAAACAGCAGAUGAACAGAAGGAAGCUAAUCAACUGGUAGGGCAUUCAGAUGAUUGUGACGACGUACAUAGCGUUAAUGGGGUUUCCAUGCUUGUGGAUGACGACGACGACGACGACGAAGAUAAUGACGAAGGUGACGACUACGGCGAAGAUAAUAAUGAAGAUGAUGACGACAUGGAUGAACAAGAUGAAUACAAUGCAGCAGGUGACACAAGAGAGAGGAUUUCUUACAGUGAAGAGCAAGAAGCAGUAAUAGGUUUAAAUGGGUACACUCAACAAAAUAGGGAAAGCCUACAUGCUCUUCAAGUUAUUCACUUGUAAAUUCUUGGGUUUCUGAUUUUUUGGUCUCAAUUAAACUUAGCUACGAAGUUGUUUUGGUUUCAUUAGGCGCAUCACUUAUUAGGCUAUGAAGAAGUCCCAUUGUAUUUGGUACAGGCAUCACGGCAGUCCUUUGUGUAUCAUUACCUGUAUGUAAUGCAUUUGAUAUAUUUAACCUUUUUUUUAUGAAAAGGGAAGGAAUCAGCUGUUCCUACA